AAUCAGCAGCGUGCUCUGCCAGCCAGGAGGACGCAUAAAAGAAGAACAUUGCAGCAGAGGCACAGAAGGAGACUGCGAGAGGAGCAGGGAAUUACACACAAAAACAGCAGAACCAGAACAUCCUCCCCUGGACACACCCUGCCGAGGAUCACUGCUUCUCUUUUUUUCCUGAACCAUCGCCCACGCCACUCGGAGAGAACGCUCUCCCUCCUCAUCAUCAGCCAGCAGAAAAGCCCUUUCUCCUCAUUUUCAUCCUAUAGAGGACACCUACCAUCUCAGAGGGCUGAGAUCCCUUGGCGAAGAUUGUAUUUUUUUCCUUUUUUUGUUUUUUUUCUUUUGAUUUGGACUCCUGGCAGAACAUAAGGGUCGUGUAACAUAAGGGCCGAAGAGCACAUAAGAUACUCAUCCGUUCAGCUUCAAGACCAGUGCAAGGAAGGACCUAGAUUUCUUUCAUUGUACGUCAAGAAUGGUUACUCAGAUAAUCAGCACCAUGGAAACCCAGGUGUCCAAUGGUCCAAGCGGAACCAGUAUGCCAAAUGGUCCAGUCAUCAGCACCAAUGGCUCCACAGAUGACAGCAAGACCAACCUGAUCGUCAACUAUCUGCCUCAGAACAUGACUCAAGAAGAGUUCAAAAGUUUGUUUGGUAGCAUUGGAGAGAUUGAAUCCUGCAAGCUAGUCAGAGACAAGAUAACAGGUCAGAGUUUGGGAUAUGGGUUUGUAAACUAUGUGGAUCCAAAUGAUGCGGACAAGGCCAUCAACACACUGAAUGGUCUCAAACUACAGACUAAAACAAUCAAGGUAUCAUAUGCCCGGCCAAGUUCGGCUUCUAUUCGUGAUGCCAACCUUUAUGUAAGUGGACUCCCCAAGACCAUGAGCCAGAAAGACAUGGAACAGCUGUUCUCCCAAUACGGUCGCAUCAUCACAUCCCGCAUCCUAGUGGACCAAGUUACAGGCAUAUCACGAGGAGUGGGUUUCAUCCGGUUUGACAAGCGAAAUGAAGCAGAGGAGGCCAUCAAAGGUCUGAACGGACAGAAGCCUUUGGGUGCCGCUGAGCCCAUCACUGUCAAGUUCGCAAACAACCCCAGCCAGAAGACAGGCCAGGCCUUGCUGACUCAGCUGUACCAGACUGCUGCCCGCCGCUACACGGGGCCCCUGCACCACCAGACUCAGCGUUUCAGCGUGAUCCCUUCACUUGGAAAGGGACCAGAUCCAAAUAACAGCUCAAAACCAAUACUCGACAAUUUACUAAACGCCAGCUACGGAGUCAAGAGUUCUCCUACUCUCUUCCCCAGAUUCUCUCCCAUCACCAUUGACAGCAUGACCAGCCUUGCCGGAGUCAACCUUACUGGUCCAACUGGAGCCGGAUGGUGCAUCUUUGUGUACAACCUGUCCCCCGAGGCGGACGAGAGCGUCCUGUGGCAGCUCUUUGGGCCUUUCGGUGCCGUUACCAAUGUCAAGGUCAUCCGUGACUUCACCACCAACAAAUGUAAGGGCUUUGGCUUUGUCACCAUGACCAACUACGAUGAAGCCGCCAUGGCCAUUGCUAGCCUUAACGGCUACCGCCUGGGUGACCGCGUGCUGCAGGUUUCCUUCAAAACCAGCAAGCAGCACAAGGCCUGAGAGAGAGAGGCUGCUGGCACCAGCUCCUUCGACCUGCAGGGGGAGCUACCUGAGCUCCCCGUGCCAUCACUCUACAUGGGCCUGGACUGAGUCUCUCUCUGACACAUUCUCACACAAAUACAUAAUAUAUUAUUACACAGACAUGCAGAUAAUCACACACACGCACACACAUAACCAAACAUAUCCAUACUCGAGCAUACACAUGUCAGAGUUUCAAACAAACACACUAGUGGAGUUUUUCUUUUCUCUUUACACAACAUGCUAGUCCUUCCUUUAUUUGCCUGGAUUGAAUUAGAAGGGGUACGAAGCUGGUUUGUUGGGUAGGGGCAAGAGCUAUCUAUUUAGGAGACAGUCUAACGAAUGUGACAGAGAAUGUGUACUGAGUGCUUUGAUUGAAUUCAGGCAAAUAAUGAAAACUGAUGAACAAAAUGAUCGAAAAUUUAAAUGAAAGAAUAUGUGCAAUUUACCCAAACUCUUACCCCACCAUCUCUCCCACUAUCUUGCUGGAGAGGAUGUAGUCACUUUUUUACACUUGGGCAUUUUGAAUCAGCGAUUUUUUUAGAUCAAAGAAAAUGAAAUUAAAAAACAGUGUUCUCUUAUAUACGUCUAUUAAAAUAUAACUAUAUAUUCAAUAUUUAAGGUGGUUAUAAUAGCCGAGUAUGUAAGCAUUUUCUAGAAACUUUGACUACUGUUUCCUGACCUGCAAUUAGGUGGUGCCUAGCGUAAAGGCAGUUUCUCUACCCUAUGUGAGCUUGUUAGCUCAGACCCAAUAUAAUUUAGGUUAACUAAUGAAAAUGAAUACUGGUCACAGAAAAGAGUAGUCCAAAGGCCAUCAGAAUCACUCUUUCCCUCACAGUCUCACACCGAACAACACAAUCGUCACUUAUGUAUCACAGAAACACUGUUCAGUAACUAGGAUAUAUACACAUAUUUAGUCCACAGAAACAAAAGAGAGGUUCCUGUAUUUUCUUCUAAUCUAUGCUCAAGAUGGAUUCAACACAAACAGACUGCCUGUGAACUCAGAGCAGAGUGGCAGUAUAUCUGCAUGGUGACAGUGUUAAUUAGUAAUUCUCUUGUGGGCAAGGGAGGGAUGAAUGCGAGGGGAAAACAGUUUCACCAUAACACAGCCACGUCAAAAGGAAAAUACCGGUGUGUUUUCACUUUUUGCGUCAUUGUUUUUAUUGCACCUUUAUUUAACAUUGUCCACAGGCCAUUUUACUUUGCACGACUGUGUCAGCCAUGAUUUGGUGUGAGAUCCCUUUAACUAACAUUGGUGUCAAGACAUCAAGAAAAACAAGAUGUGAAAGAAGACCAGUUUAUGUUGUUCCAGCUGACUGCUUUGAAUUUGAACAUUCCCGUAUCAAGAGAGGUUCUUCAGAUUUGAUCAUUUGAUGAUCCCAGUAGCUGCAAAAAAUAACGUAAAGUAAAAAAUGUCGAACAACACACCCAUGGUCUGAACAAUGGUCGCGGCAGGUCUGCAGAGAAAUAGAACAGAUGAGCAAAAACUCAAGAGCACCGGUAUUAUUCUUCAGUCUAGUGCACACAUAGAAGCUACCUCAGCAAAUGAGGUCAAAGUUUUGCAUUUCAGCAGAAUACAUGCGCUCCACAGUAACAACAUGCACAGAGCAGAUAGAGAGGACUGCAGUUUAUAAUGGCUGAACCUUUGUAAAGCUGACUUCAGAGUCACAUGUGGGAGCAAAGAUAUCUGGCGAUGUUCAAAUUAUCAUUGAUCCUUUGAGGAGAGAAGAUUACCAGUUCCUUCAGCUUUUUCCAAAUGCUUUUCCUCAGUUUUAUUUACAACCCCCUCUAUUCUCUUAAAAGCUUCCUGCCCUCUCAAAAGAUGACUGUACGACAGCGAGACCGCAAAUAAGUGUCACAAUUAUAUUUCUGUUUACAACAGAAAGCUACUCAUUUAUUUGCUUCAGAUCUAUUUGGCACUGCCACGAAAAUAGCAUUUCUCAAAAUAUCCUCAGCCCAAUUGCAUGAAAAUUAUUUAUGGCACCCUGAUGAAACAUUAAGGCCAUUCUGUCGAGUUGAAUUGUCUGCUAAAGAUCAGACUUAAGAUUUUCCAUGGGGAGAGCUGUCUUUCAAUAUCAAGACAUCUGCACAUGAUAAUAGAUAAAAUAAGGUCAAAUAUAUUCAAGACAUGUUGCUUUUGCUUUUCUAAAUGACGCUGUGUUAGCCAAAGAGGACGAUCUCUUUGAAAGGAUUACAUUAGAGAUAAAUCUAUUUUUAUACAUACAAAAGAACAAGACCUUGUGCUGAAUUUUUACAGAUUCUUAAGCUUGGAAAAAUUGGGACAUCGCAUGGCUUUAUUUUAAACCCUCUGAUCUUUGCAGAGCAAGGGGGAACAAGCAUGCGGUGUUUGGGUGGGGGGUGUAGGAAGGGGAAAAGGAAACAUUGUAUCUCGUAAAAAACAUUCAACCGAUUGAAAAGAAAACAAAUUUGGCAUAAAAAGAGGAAGAUUUAACAGUUAGGGGUGUCACCUGACAGACACAUCUCUACUUCUGAGUGCUUAGACACGCUCACAUCUCUUGUCCUGAAGUUGUGUACAGUGUUGCUUCAAUGAUGGUGCAGUGAAGUGAAGUUUCUUUGACUUGAGAAUCCCAGACAAAGCUGCAGCGAGGCCAGCUCAUUUGCUCAGCUGGAAAACGGAAUCGCUGCUUGCAAAUAAAAAAUAAAUAAGAGAAGGAAUGCAGACUCAAACAGUUUCGCCAAUUAAAAACAAACAUUGAGCAUGAUUUUAAUGAUUAGGUAGAUUUGAUUUUUGCCAAAGAAUUGCUUUGCAAGUCAGUACCAAGAAGGAUGAUUAAGACUAACUAUAUUAUUCCCAGAGUAAUUGCUGUACAAAUCUAUGUUAUUUAUUGAAUAAGGACCCUCUACAAUUUCAGUUAUCGUUACUUUUAAAUAUCUAAGUUGCGCAUAUCAGUUUGCAUUUGUAAAUCCUAAAACCACUAAACCAAAUGCUAACAUGAAACAGCUGCAAGCAUUCUCAUUUGCACACAUUUCAUGCACACACCGAAUGAUGAAAAAGGCAUAUCAAAAAUAAAUUGCGAUGAAUCGAUCCACCUAUUGAGAAAAGAAGAAAAGUCAUAUCCGUCCGUCUAAUGUAUUUCCCCCUGACAUUUAUAUCAUCUGCUUUGUCUUGUGACCAAUUUAAUCCUUUAAAACCAUUAACAUUGCACCAGUUCAAAUACUGACUCUGGCAUCUUUCAAUCUGACUCAUACUGUUUCACUUCCCAAAAUAACUCUGAAUGACUGUCGCUGGCGUGUCCGGAGCUGACCACAUAAAAGAGCCAAUGGAGCUAUUUUGAGUUGAGCAAUUUGCAAGAGAUAGCAGAGUAGGGCUGAGAACUUGAUGAGACCAGUGAUAGACGUGAGGAACAACCGAGAUAACAGGCCGUGUUGAACUGCAGCUGGAGUCGUUUGCCCAGCCAUGUCCGAUGUAGUACAGUCAAGCCACAGACCAAACUCACAGCCCGAAACAACCUUUCAUACACAGUCUAUACAAAGACCUACACCUAUUGUACAGUAGAGAGCGAAGGACCAUGGCAGGAAACAGUACUACACUGCUUGAGCAACAACAAUAAUCAUUUAAAAAGACAAAAAAACUUUCCUAUGGAACAGUAAGUGCAAUGUGCUUUGUUUUUAUAUUGACUGAGAACAAAUGAUAUAUAUUUUUAAAAAAAGAAAUUAAACGUCACACUGAAAAGGUUUGCGGAAGAGUGAAAGGAGCAAAAGUUUGGACAAAGAACCAUUAAAAAUGAGCAGACUCAUUCGAGAAAUUCAAAACAAGCAAUGAGAGCUGUGAUCGACAAAAUUUUCACAAUCACUUCCUCAGCCCCUAAUUUGUGCUCUGACCAUGCAAGCUCAAACAAAUUGCGUAUUUGGCUGACCUAAUAGAGCAAAUCUCGAUGACCUUGAAAGGAAUACUGUCUAAUAUAUCAUCAGUUUUAGCCCAUGUCAAUUUCAAAUAUCAUUUUAUUUUCCUGUAAUUUAUUGAUUUCAUUUACAUAUCAAGACUCACUUGUUAAAUUAGCGUAUUUGUGUUGUUGAUGUUGCCAUAGAGAACACACAUGGGUCAAAUAUUAUGUUUGGUUGCAUUGAUUGGGUACAGUUUGUUAUUUUUCUUCCAUUACUUAAUUAGUUGCAGUUUUUACAGUGUAUGCAGAUUUUAGACUUAGUUAGAUUUUUUUAUUUCAAUCAAACUGUGUUCAAUUGUGUUUGUAAAAGUCUGUGGUAGCUUUUGUUGCAACAUAAAAUAAUUUAAACAGAAAAAAUUCAAAAUAGCGCCAACAAACUUGUAUUAUUUGGGCGACUUUAAGCUUGUAGUUUUAACUUAUUGUUAACUUAAAAACUAUUUAUUAUGAUUAUUAUUAUUGCCUCGUAUAAAGUAUGUUUUGUGUAUAUUUAUGGUUUAUUUCAUUAUAUUUGCAAGUUUAAAAGAUUUUAAGUUUGCCAAAAUUGUGGUUACACCAUUUCGUUUCUUAAAAAGGGGGACAAAUAGAAAAACAGCUUUAGAAGUACGAUUUGGAAACGUUCUCCAUAGUCAAAGAAUGCACUGCUAUAUUUAACUAAUUGAAGUGUAUAAACAUACAUGCUGUGUGCUAGAUGUUAUGCCUUUACUGCCUGUGUUCUGUUUGUCUUGUUAAAUGAAAAUCUUUUAAUUAUUUAAUCUAAUCACAGUCUUGUUUUUUCAACCACUCGGUGAACCCCUGAGACGCGGGACAGCCCCCUGGAGUGAGGCUUUGGGCCGUUUGAGGGUCAAGCAUUUAGCCAGUAACAGGGGAGCUGUCCUGGGUUUGUUAAGCUCUCAAGAUGCUUUCCUGUUUAUGCUGAUGGGUCAAUCCAUUUAAACAUACACAUAUAAAGGGGUUUUGUUUCUGUUAAAGCAUUUUAAUACUGAGAUCAUCAGUAUCAAUAUCAAUUUGUGUGACCGAAACAAAAGAUGUUCUUUGGAAACCCGGCCUGGCGAAAUAAAGCAGGGCUCAGAAAAGCUGCAGGAAGGUUUUCUUGGGAGUCUCUAGGGUAGUAAAGGGGUGAGUGGUCCUUCUGUUUCUCAACCAACUGUAUUUUGUGUCUAUUUAUUUAGAAGAGGGGACGCAGUAACUUAGUGAUGUUUUUCUUACAUUUUCCUGGAAUGGUAGAACAAAUCAAAGGUGAAAAUGAUCAAAACAGUUCCGCUGACACCACUAUCAGCGGAAGAAAUACAAAAUCUCAUACUUCCAAACAUGACCAAAUGAACAAUGUCAAAAUUUAACAAAGAAAAAAAAAACCUUUCAGUUUAGUCUAGGAUAUUUAUUACUGGGAUUUCAGCUGAAGACGCUUGAAGACUUUUUCAUGGAAUUGUUUAAUUAUUUGUACUUUACAUGCCAGAAAAAAAUAAAAGUUACAAAUAUGAA